GAUAAAAAGAGAGCAACAGGAAAAGAAGAAAGAAGAAGAAAAGCUUCGCCGUCAGCUCAUCCUGGAGCAGUAUCGACAGAGAAAGGCUCAGGAAGAGGAAGAUGGAACAUCUGGUGGCUCUUCUAGAGGCAGGGAAGAAACAACUGCUGCAAGUAGAGGUGCAACUAUGACAAGGUCUAAGUCAAGGUCAGCUUCAGUCACAAGACCAAGGCAGAGAAGUGGCCAUUCAUCGAAUAGCCGCAAUCAGAAUGUGUCUUCUCCAUCUUCUCUAGAUUCUCCAGUGGGGAGGGGUUCACAGUAUAACCUUGCAGGUGGAUAUCCAGAUGAAGUAUCCUCCGAGCAUGGGUAUGCACCUUCUCCGUGUCGGACGCGUAAUUAUCCACAUUCUUCCCCUAUAUCGCCAACCUCGUACCCAUCUUCUCCUGGGCCUUUAUUAUCAGGUAUGCUUGGAGGCGGCAGUCGUAAUCGAAGCACGCCAAGUGAUGGCUUGUCCGACAGCAGUUCAACUGUUUCCUCUGCUUGGGCAUCUGAAUAUACAGGGCCAAAACUAUUUGUAAAGCCUUCCACAAAAUCAAAUCGUGGCAUUGUGACUAAUGCUGUGAAUACCGUCCUGGCUGGUGCUGUAAAUUCUGAAACAAAGCGGAAAGUUUUAGAGGAAAUAGAACGUUCUGAAGGAAAACACUUUCUAAUACUAUUUCGAGAUGCUGGCUGCCAAUUCCGGGCUCUUUAUUCGUAUAAUCCUGAAACUGAAGAAGUUAUCAAACUAUAUGGUAUUGGUCCAAGAGUCAUUACCGAUAAAAUGAUGGAUAGAUUUUACAAGUAUAAUUCUGGAGGAAAGUCUUUUACUCAGAUUCAUACAAAGCAUCUUACUGCAACUAUUGACGCCUUCACAAUUCAGAAUAGUUUGUGGCAGGGUAAAAAGACAACAAUGGCCCCUAAGAGAGACUACUACUGACUAGCCACCAUGAAGAAGUGCCAACGUGAUAGUGCGGCCGUCCCUUGCGUUUGAAUGUACUGUAAAUAAUCACUGUAAAGUUCUUUCACUUCCUAUGUUAACAUUCCACUAGCAAAAAAAAAAAAAAAUAUUGCUGGGCUGUGAUUAAAAAACAAUGUAGAGCUAUAUUUAAAUUUGUAGUGAUGAUGUGGAGGUGAUUGGGACUGACUGACUGGCUUGUAAAUUAUUAGUGUGCUUUUUAUAAUUGACAUGUACAGCUUGCUUAUAUCCAGUGGGACUAGCUCAUAAAAAAUGUAUUUUGUUUUUGUUGGCAAAUUUUAUGCUCAAUAUAAAAAAUUCACAUUUUAUUUUUCUCCUAAUAGUGUCAAGUUUUUUAGGGUGUAUGAAAUUUGUUAACAAAUUCAAAUCAAAAUUUCAUGUUCAAUCACUAGAUUCAAUAUCAUGCUCUCACUCAGUCUUGACAGAAUGCAAAUCUAAGCUUGCAUCACUAAUUAAUUUUUAUGUGUGUGUAUAACAUCAGGAUUUUUUUUCCAGCUAUUUUAUAAAUACAUGCAAAUUUUUUAGUUUAAUAAUUGUAACUGUCAAUACUUUUGACGAAAACAUACUAACGAUCUGUUUAUAAAAUAAAAAAUCAACAAGAAAUAAAAUACUAAAUUUAAUACUUUUUACUGCAUCACUCACUUUCUGAUAUAAUGACCACAAAUAUUUAUGUAUCAUACUGAGAAUUUUUAUAUUUUUACAGUUAAUUUUUUUGUGUUACAUAUGCUGAUUUUUUAAACUGAUUUACUGUAAUUGUUUUUACUAAUUUAUUUUAAAAGAUAAUAAAAUAUGCAUGUUUGUUUAAACUUUAUCUGCAUUGCACAGUUCCAACACAUUUCAAUGCACAAAGUAUUAAGCAUGGUUCUUUAAUAUUACAGUUCUUUCAAUUCAAAUCUUCCAACCAAAAAUCAUAUUUCAAAUACACUACAGAAGUUAGCAAAAAAGUUGCCUGGCCUGUAAAUGCUUUAAAAUUUGAACACCUGAAACACUCGUCUUCCAAUUUCGAGACCUAUAUCGGCAGGAUCGAUUUCUUUAGACUUAAGACAGGUGUACUCAUAUUAUUGUUUCUUAAUGCGUACCAUCUGGUAUGGUACGGUAGCAUAAGCCAGAACAAAUGAUUUUCUUAUAAUUUAAAAGUGUCAGUGCUUACUGCUUUUUUUUUUUUUUUUCUUCAAUUUCUAUGUUUUUUGUACAUUCCAAUUUUAUUCAACUCUAAAUGUAUAAGGACUGCAAGUUGCAUGCAUUUGAAUGUAAUGUAUGAGAGAUGCAAUGUGAAGUUCUAUUUACCACUUAAAGAGCUUUGUAAUCAAGUAACAAAUAAAUCUUUCCAACAGCAUUGUACUCAGUUUCUCUUCUAAAUGUUCCCUCAUACUUUUUUCCUAAGUUAUUUAAAUGAACAAAUGUUAUAAUGAUUUUAUAAAUAUUUAUUUUUGGAAUUCUUAUUGUGAACCUGCAUGAUCUGAAUAAAAAAAAAAUUGCAUAAAA